AUGUCUUCCAUUGCUGACCUUGAAAAGAAGUUGACCGCCACUUCUUACGUUGACGGUGCCGCUCCAUCCCAAGCUGAUGUUGCUGCUUUCAAGACCAUCCAAAAGGAAUACCCAAGCUUCACCAGAUGGUUGGCUCACAUUCACACUUUUGUCGAUGACUUUGAAUCUUUGCCAGCUGCUACCUCUGCUGCUGCUGAAGAAGAAGACGACGAUGAAGUCGACCUCUUCGGUUCUGAUGACGAUGAAGUUGAUGAAGAAGCUGAAGCUUUGAAGGCCAAGAGAAUUGCCGAAUACAACGCCAAGAAGGCCAACAAGCCAAAGCCAGCUGCUAAGUCUAUUGUCACUUUGGAUGUUAAGCCAUGGGAUGACGAAACCGAUUUGGAAGAAUUGGUGGCUAACGUCAAGAAGAUUGAACAAGAAGGUUUGACUUGGGGUGCCCACACCUGGAUCCCAGUUGGUUACGGUAUCAAGAAAUUGCAAAUCAACUUGGUCAUCGAAGACGAGAAGGUCAGUUUGGACGAAUUGCAACAAACUAUCGAAGAAGACGAAGACCACGUCCAAUCUACCGAUGUUGCUGCUAUGCAAAAAUUAUAA